AUGCUCCCCCAACUCGCACUCGCCCACUUAAACUCUCUCCCUCCCCGACUCUCUCCCCCACUCGCACUCCUCCACUUGUUCCCCACUCACGUUCUCACACUCACUCUAUUUGCACUCCCCCACUCACACACCCCUCAUUAUUCUACUCCCUCCUUCUCCCUCCUCCACGCAUGCUCAUCCACUCACAGUCCCCCUCCUCCUCCUCUCCCACUCACUCCCCCACUCGCUCCUUUACUCUCACCCCCUCACUCACCCCCUCACUCCACGCACACUCCCCUCACACCCCUUCAUCGUGUGCGUGCUCACACACACUCUUCCAUUCGCACGUACUCUUCUACUCACACGCGCUCUCAUCCUCGCUCUCCCGGACGCUCACACCCACCCCUCCUGUACUCUCCCGCUCGCCCUCACUCGCGCUGA